UCUUACGUGAGUGGUGGAACUACUAACGUCCCUUGGUCCCUUUUUGAUAAGUAAUCAAAAAAGAGGGAAAAGCAACGAAAAUGAAUAAGUUGUGCGAUGUCUUCUUCCAACCCAUGAAAGAUUCGAUUUACAUCAAACCAUUUACAAUGUACUUCACCUUAAAUGGAAUUAAACGCAAUUGGGACUUAAUGGAAGUACACGAUAGUGUGUCGAUUUUGAUUUACAAUGUGACACGAAAAGUCCUAAUCUUUGUUAAACAAUUUCGACCGGCGGUAUAUUACGGUAAAAUUCCUAGUCAAGAAAGAGCGGGUAAUGUUGAUGUACAGAAAUAUCCUGCCGAGCUCGGUGUUACGAUUGAGUUAUGCGCUGGGAUUGUCGAUAAGGAUUUGCCUUUGGUGGAAAUUGCCAGGGAGGAAGUGUUAGAGGAGUGUGGCUAUGAUGUGCCUAUUUCCAGCUUAAAGAAGAUCGCUAGUUAUCAAUCAGGCGUAGGCGCCACUUCUAGCAAACAAAUUGCAUUUUAUUGUGAAGUGACAGAUGAUAUGAAAAUUCACGAGGGCGGAGGUGUCGAUGACGAAUCAAUAGAAGUAAUUGAAAUGACUGUGGACCAAGUGAUGGAUUAUGUUUCAAAGGAACAUAUUCUAAGUCCACCGAGCUUUUUAUUUUGUGUUCAGUGGUUUCUUCGCAGUAAACUGUAAUGCAAAUUUUAUAAAUCAAUUUAACUUAUUAGGAUAAAUAAGAAAUUUUAUCAUUUCUUCACAAAUUUAUAUACUGUACCUAUUCCACCAUGCGGCCUAUAUUUUUUUAUAGUUUGGAAAAAUUAUUCCUUUUGUUGUAUGCGUGUUAUAUUGUUAAUAUAUGCAUAUUCGUUA